GUGUAGAGGAGCCCAUCCCUGCCAUCCUGUGCCUGCCGCUGCCGUGUGCUUGCUGCACCGACCGAGGAGUGACCCCAGCAGAGUCAUGCACGCCAACACCGCCAGCGCUCGGAUCCUCAUCAAGGGAGGGAAAGUGGUGAACGAUGACUGCACCCAAGAGGCAGAUGUGUACAUCGAGAAUGGCAUCAUCCAGCAGGUGGGGCGGGAGCUGAUGAUACCCGGAGGAGCAAAGGUCAUCGAUGCCACAGGAAAGCUGGUUAUACCUGGAGGCAUUGAUACCAGCACCCAUUUCCACCAGACCUUCAUGAAUGCUACUUGUAUGGAUGACUUCUACAAUGGGACCAAGGCAGCCCUUAUGGGAGGUACCACUAUGGUUAUCGGACAUGUUUUGCCAGACAAGGACAUCUCCCUGCUGGACGCUUACGAGAAGUGCCGGAGCCUGGCAGACCCCAAGGUGUGCUGCGACUACGCUCUGCACAUGGGAGUGACGUGGUGGGGAUCCAAGGUCAAGGCAGAGAUGGAGACUUUGGUGCGGGAAAAAGGGGUUAACUCAUUCCAGAUGUUCAUGGCGUACAAGGACCUGUACAUGCUGCGGGACAGCGAGCUGUACCAAGUCUUCCGGCACUGCAAGGAUCUUGGUGCUGUGGCUCGCAUCCACGCUGAGAACGGAGACCUGGUGGCGGAGGGUGCAAAGGAAACUCUGGAUCUGGGUAUAACAGGACCAGAAGGGAUUGAGAUCAGCCGGCCUGAAGAGCUUGAAGCCGAGGCCGUGCACAGGGCUAUAACCAUCGCUAACAGGACAUUCUGUCCUUUAUAUCUGGUUAAUGUGUCCAGUAUGUCGGCUGGAGAUGUCAUUGCUUCAGCCAAGAUGCAAGGUAAAAUCGUAUACGGAGAGACCACCACUGCCCACGCCACUCUAAAUGGGCUGCACUACUACCAUCAAGACUGGUCCCAUGCGGCUGCCUAUGUCACCGUUCCCCCACUCCGACUAGACUCAAACACACCCAACUACCUCAUGAGCCUGCUGGCCAACGAUACACUCAACGUGGUGUCUUCAGACCACAGAACAUUCACCACCAAACAGAAAGCCAUGGGCAAAGAGGACUUCACCAAGAUUCCUCAUGGUGUUGGAGGUGUGCAAGACCGCAUGAGUGUCAUCUGGGAACGAGGAGUGGUCGGGGGUAAAAUGGACGAGAAUCGCUUUGUGGCAGUGACCAGUUCCAACGCUGCCAAGAUUCACAACAUGUACCCCCUGAAGGGGCGUAUUAUUCCAGGCGCAGAUGCAGACAUUGUGGUCUGGGACCCAGAAGCUGCAAAGACUCUGUCCGCCAGCACCCAGGUUCAGGCAGGGGAUGUGAACCUGUAUGAGAACAUGCGCUGCCACGGCGUGGCCCUGGUCACUAUCAGCCGAGGACGGGUGGUCUAUGAGAAUGGAGUCUUCAUGUGCGCUGAAGGUUCUGGCUCAUUCUUCCCUAUGAGGACCUACCCUGACUUCCUUUACAAGAAGAUGAUCCAGAAGGAGAAGACCUUAAGCCUCAAAUGUGUAGACCGGACUCCUUAUCAGGGGGAUGUAGCUGUGGUGCAUGCUGGCAAAAAGGAAACAGGCAGCCCGAUGGCAGACACUCCCACUCGGCCAACCACACGUCACGGGGGGGUGAGGGAUCUUCACGAAUCCGGCUUCAGCUUAUCUGAGAGGCUGGAGCGUGUGUCCUGCACCAAUAACGGAUCCUGCUACAGGCCACUCAGUGAGACAAUAUAA